GAAACAUGGAAUCUUAUGUUGAUGAUAUGAUCAUGAAGAGUCAAAGAGCCGGCGACCACUCAGAUGAUCUCAGAGAAGUAUUCGAUAUCAUGAAAGAGGUAAAUCUAAGACUCAAUGCUAAGAUGUGCACUUUAGCAGUACAAGGCGGAAAGUUCCUGGGGGUUUAUGGUGGCACACAGGGGCAUUGAACCGAACCCAGAAAAGGUCAAGGCAAUUCUGGAUAUGGAACUCCCAAGGAAUGCCAAAGAGGUCCAGAUCCUCACAGGGAGGCUGGCAGCCCUGGGGAGGUUCCUAUCCAGGUCAGCCGAUAAAUCCUUGCCGUUUUUCCAAGUCCUGAAAAAGAGCAAUGGGUUCCAGUGGACUCAAGAGUGCCAAGUUGCGUUCAAAGAACUCAAGAAAUAUCUACAGUCAGAUAUGCUCCUCAGCAAACCUGAGGCCGGCGAGACGUUGGUUCUAUAUUUGGGAGUAACCCAGAGCGCAGUCAACUCCAUUUUAGUGAGAGAAGAAGGAACGGUCCAGAGGUCGGUCUAUUAUGUGAGCAAAGUUCUCCAUGGAGCUGAGCUCAGAUAUCCAGCCCUGGAGAAGACCGCCCUAGCAAUCUAUGUCACAACAAAGAAACUUGCGCAUUACUUUCAGGCUCACCCCAUCAAGGUCCUGUCAGAUCUGGGAGUGGGAACUCUGUUCAGAACAGCCAAGACUGCGCGAGUUGUAAAAUGGUCCUUGUUGAUCAGCCAGUAUCAGGUGAGCUUCCAGCCUAGAACCGCAAGUAAAGGGCAAGCCUUGGUAGACUUCCUGGUGGAAUGUAUUGCCAGGGACGUGGCCGAAGAAAGAUGUCACGAAGAAGAUUUGUGGACCCUUAUGACUGAUGGAUCAUCAUCAGGAUCCAAAGGUUGCGGAGGAGGGGUGGUCCUCAUCACCCCUGAAGGCUUCAAAACUCACCACGCUCUGAGGUACUCAUUCAACCUAUCCAAUAACGAAGUUGAAUAUGAGGCCUUACUCUCUGGCCUCAGGAUAGCAAGGUACUUCAAAGUUCAGAAACCGAGGAUCAAGAGCGACUCUAAGUUGGUCAUCAAACAGCUUAGAGGGGAAUAUGAAGCCAAGGAAGCCCGAAUACAGAAAAACAAGGAUACAGCCCUGGGAAUCAUAAAACAAUUUGAAGAGUGCGACCUUCUAUGAGUUCCGCGAGCUCAAAAUGUUGAGGCCGACAUCCUGGCAAAACUAACGACCGACACGCUUGAACAUCUCACUCGCAUAGCCUGAGUGCAUGAACUAAUCAAGCCGAGCAUCGAGGUUACCAAGGAUCAAGAGGUCUUGCCAGUCAGCCAAGCCUCAAGGUGCUGGAUUGAUGACCUGAUGGAAUACAUCGAAGGCAGAACGCUGCCCUCAGAAGAAGACAAGGCAAGAGUGGUCAAGAGACGGGCUCCGAACUAUGUCAUCCAGUAUGGCAAGCUUUACAAAAGAAGUUACAAUGGAGUGCUGCUAAAGUGUCUGAGGCCAGAUCAAACUCAACAAGUGAUCAAAGAGUUACACGAAGGGAUAUGCUCAUCACAUCAAGGUGCGUUUACUUUAAGUAGAAAGGCUAUCUUGCAAGGGCACUUUUGGCCAACCAUGAUAAAGGACUGCGCAUACUUCGCACGAAAAUGUGAGGUCUGCUAGAAGUUCCAAACAAAUCCAGGCAGACCUGCCACCAUGUAUAUCCCCAUCAGCAUGACAAUCCCCUUCUCAAGAUGGGGAAUAGAUCUCGUGGGUUCCCUCCCACAGGGCUCAAGAGGUCGGAAAUUUGUAAUAGUUGCGGUUGAUUACUUUACUAAAUGGGUUGAGGUCAAGCCAAUGGCCACGAUCACUGCUGAGCAAUGUAAGAGGUUCAUUUGGAGAAACAUAUUUUGUCGGUUUGGCGUUCCCAUGCAAAUCAUUACCGAUAACGGGAAGCAGUUUGAUUCCGAGCUCUUUAAAGAAUUUUGUGGGCAGUGGGGAGUUGAGGCCAUCAGGGCAUCCGUUGCUUAUCCUCAGUGCAAUGGGCAAGUCGAAAAUGUGAACAGGACGAUCGUGGAUGGCUUCAAGAAGAAAUUGGAAUCUUUGGGAACGGCCUGGGUGAACGAGCUCAACAAUAUCCUUUGGGCCUACCGCACGACCCCGAGGAAGGCAACUGGUGAAACCCCCUUUGCUCUAACUUACGGCUUUGAAGCCUGAGCUCCCUCAGAAGCCUUAUUCCUAAGCAAAAGGGUGGGAGACUAUGACCCUGAAGACAACGAGGAGAUGCUAAGAGCGGAACUUCACCUGAUUGAAGAAAAGAGAGAUAGGGCCUUCAUUAGAGCCGAGAAUUAUAGGCGACAAGUAAAAGAAUACCAUGAUGCCAAGGUCAGACCGAGACAAUUCAAGAUCAGAGACUUGGUCCUAAGGAGGAGGUCUGUUAGCAAGCCUCUGGAGGGCGGAAAGGUUGCCAAGAAUUGGAAAGGGCCCUACAAGAUCAAGGGGAUAGUUGGGCGCGGAACCUAUAAGUUGUGUACUCCUAAAGGGAAAGUGGUAGACAGUGUGUGGAAUUCUGCGCACCUAUUGAAAUUCUACCAGUAAGUUUGUAAUCUCCUUUCGCUUUAAGUUUUAAUAAAAGUUUCGUUUUCAUUCACAAAUGUCCUUUAUACAUUACUUGCGAAGGUUUUUCAACCAGCCAAAAAAAGAGAAAAAAGUAAAGGCUAUGCCUAAUUAGUACUCGCAAAAAGACAAAGUAUAAAUUCCAAACUCAUCUAAAUUCCAAAAGCUCAACCUAGUCUUUCUAAAGACAAGUGCGGGAAUAAAACAACCUUUCUCAAGGUUAAACAGCCUUACAAACGAAAUCAAAUUUCCUUCAGCAGGAAAAGACAACCUUUCUCAAGGUUAAGAUUGAUUUUACAAGGCUAAAGAUGAAAUUAAGGGAAUUAACUUUGCACCGGAGAGGCUCACAAGCCUCGCCAAUUAAGAGGCUAACCACCAAGGUCAAAGUAACCUAAAGUGAAGCCCGCCAAAUCUGGCUCAACUAUUACGAGCCUAAGAGUUUAAAAUCGGUAAAGUCAUCCUUAACAAAGGAAAAACGACCUUGGCCGGAAAUUCAAGGCAAAUAAACAAAGGACAAAAGUGAUUGAAAACAGGCAACUAGGAAGACAACUCCCCAGGAACUCGUGGCUACACAGGUUCAAAGAAAGAGGUCAACUCCCCAGAAGACAAAAGAAUCCAAGGGAAUAAGCCAGCUCGAAUAGGGCCGGAAACCUCAAACAGCACUGAAGUACCAAAUAGAUCAAAUCAUGCAAUCAGCAGAGACAAUCGAAAAACAGUCAUAUAUAUGCAAGCAAAAAUAAAAGCGAGAAAUGUAAAGAUGUUUGAAGUUACAAGCUGCCCCAAGGGAGGAAAACAGCUAUAGGCAUGCAGGUCUGGGAGAGAUGUUUGUUAAAAUGUCAGAAUAUUCAGGAUCAUAAAAUCAAGCAACAGAGGAAGGAAGGACUGAAGCAUCAGGAGCAGGGCCUUUUGGGGGGGCUUCUGGGUUCGCCAUCACUUCUGGCAGCCCCCAGGAUUCAGCGGAGAAGUUAGGGUCUCUUUGCAGCAGAGCCUCAUAAAUGGACUUCUACAUGUCAAAUUUCCCCAAUUGAAAGCAUCGAGCCCCCUCCUCCGCCGUCUUAUCUUCCCCCUCAAGGGUCGACAACCACUCUAAGGCGAUCUCGGCCCUACGUUCAGUGAUUACCUGAUUCAAGUCAGCCUUGAAGGCAUCUCCGCUCACGUAGGACUCGAUGGCCUCGCUCCCGCUUCCUGAAUCUGCUUCUUCAACUCCUCCUCCUUGAUCCGCCAGGAUGAUUCUAUCGCAGCAUGGGCCACCAUGGCAUCAUCCAACCUCCUCUUGGCAGCAUCAGCCUGUUUCUCAGCAGCAGCCCUGACAACAUCUACCGCCUCAAACUUGGCCUCCAGCUCGGCCAAGGCCUUGCGGUGCUCAUCAGAGGACCCCCGGGCACCCUCGAGCUCACGCUCUAGGUGAGUAGAACUGGAAGCUACCAGGAUGAAGGCCUGAAAUCAACACCAGGUCGUCAGAAACGAAUAGAAGAUUCAAAUAGCUCAACCAGGAGUAAUUAGAGGGAAAAGAGAGCAAAACACCUUCGAGAUAGCCCGAGCCGCACGCUUCAAGGCCACAUAAGAGGACAUGCCUCCGAGCUCCUCCCUAUCCACAAGGGGAGUAACAGCUAUGGCCAGGGCUACCAGAUUGACGGUGUCGUUCAGGAUAGAGGCGAAGUCAGAACGCAUUGUUAGGCGAAUCUUGUGGCAGGGUGCUGGAGUUUCCUCCUCAUUGCCACCCCUGGAAGAGUGAGUGUCGGAAUGAGACUCAAUUUCAACCACUGAUGAUGCAACAUCUUUCUCAACCAUCUUCAGCUUCUUCUUCUGGGUUGUAGGGGCGGGCUGGAAUGUCGGCCUCUUCCCGGCUCCCCUGGUAUGGGGAGGUCGGAGGUCCACAGCCGGCUAGGCAAUAGUCGCAGCCUCGCCCCCUUGGGUAGACCCCCCUGAUCCUUCCGAUGCAAGUCUGCCCUGGGCACCCCGUGUCUGAACCCGCCGGGCCGAAAGCAUGGAUCCUGGGGUGGAACCCGCCUUCGCUGCCAAUCUCUCCAACCGAGACGCCAUCUUGUUCCCCUUGAAUACAGAACAAAAGCACAACUGUCAGGAAAACAUAAACAUGUGAGGCAGCAAGAUCAAAUUGCCAAAUCAAGCUUAACCGACCUGGCAAGUAUGUGAACAUUACUACUCUGUCCUCACCUACGUAGUGGCCCAUCAGAAAUGGUGCACCGUCAGUGAUCAUUUUGGCAGCCUCUGCAUUCCCCUCUGACAGAAAAGGCAUCGCCCAUUUCCGGAUCAUCUCCCCAUUUGUUCUCAAACUGCAAAUUGUCGUUUACCGGGGUAACCCAAACCCACUUCUGCCUCCAACCCUUGAAGGAGUCGGGGUAAGAUUUGGCCUCAAAUAAAUGAUGGCCGGCCCAUUGGGAAAUUGAGAGCUAACCCGGGGAUUCAGAACCGCCAGGCCGGAUAGAAUGAAAGAAAUGAAGGAAAAGAUCGAUUGCAGGGCGAAUGUCCAGAUGAAGGCAUCGGGCGACGAACCCGGGGAUGAACAUAUGGGUGGUUGGAGAGAAUUAACCCGGAAUUACUCCAUAAUAGCCCAUGGUGCUAAGAUGGGCAUUGUGCAGCGGGAACCACAAGCCAACUUGUAAGCUGGCUAGGUGAACCCCAAAGUGAAGGGAAGAAGGGGGCUCCACAAUUUUUUGACCAGGAAGAGGUCGGGAACAAGCGACGCUAGGGCCAGCGAGCGCCACCGCCUCACUGAAUUCGGCGUCAGAUAAGGCGACGACCGGAAGCCGCCGGGUGUGCUCGGUGGAUAGAAAGAAAUGAGUCUCAAUCCCGUUGGAACCCACCAGAAUCUGGGGCUGACUAGAGUUGGCCCUGUCAUCGGAAAAGACGUGGUGAAUGGGGACAGAGCUAGAAGAUGACAUUUCGAGACUAACCCGAAGAAGACGAGUAGCGGAAGAAAGUUCUUGCGGCCUAGGGUUUCCAACCAAGAAAGCAAAGUGCUAGGGCAAGAUCAGAAUCGCGGAAGAGUCAUACGAAGGAGUGGCGAACGUUAUAUAACCUAAUAAUUAGGGCUUGGGAACCGCCCCAAAACCGUUUGGGAACCGUAAUCCUAGCACUCGAGUACUGAAGGUAGAAGGGAGGAUUGGAAGUUGUGUCGGGCUGCAGGCUUACGUCGAGCACGUGUUGCUUGCAUUUAAUGCGAAGCAGCGCUAUAGUCCACCCAAAAAGAUUCGAAAUUUGAAAUCGAUUAAUCGCUCAACUUACUCUCCUAAAAUCCAGCUCUGCUGAUUUUAGAGAGUAGGGGGCUCAUGAUGGGGUACAUGGACUCUGACCAUGGCCCAAUUAUGGAAUUAUAGAUCCAGCCCAUAAACGGGAUCAAGCUCAUAACGGGAUCAGUCCAUAACGGGAUUCAGCCCAUAACGGGAUCAAGCCCUUAACGGGAUCCGCCCAUAAACGGGAUUAGUAUGAUUAGCCGCUGGGCCUAACGAGGAAUCGGACCCAUGACAUGAACCCACAACCAGGCCAGGCUGGACAGCAGACCUCGAGACUGGGCGGAGUUUUAGUGAGGUCGGGAUGUUCCUAGGGCUUUACACGGCAGGCUAUCAUUCGUGCAUAGCUAUCUGGUAGCAUGCAGGAAUAACAGAAGGACAUGGACUUAAAGGGACAAUCAUUGCACAACGGCAAAGACGUUACAGGAGUUCUACUCGGACUUUUUUUAUAUUGUCUUUUAUUAAGUUCUACUCGGACUAAUAUGUAAUUAAUAGCAUUUAUUGUAACAGUUUCCUCCUAGAAUACUAGCUCCUAGAGUCUAUAAAUACUUCCUGUAUAUUUCCUGUAAAGGGAUCGGUCAAUCGUUCUUCCGAAUAAUAAUAAUAAUGCCUUACACUGCCAUACUUUCAUCUACUUUCGUGGAUUUAGCUCUCGUAGUUGGAUUGAACUCGUAGUUGGAUUGAACUCCAUACUAGCUCAGGAUUUAUAUUUACAUUUUAUCCAAAAAAAAAAAAAUAACUCCAAAUAGGAAUAAGAUAAUUU